AUGACUUACAUCUACAAUCAUAUUCCUGGAAUUAUCACUGGGUUUGAACACACAGGCAGUUUUAGCGAUCUAAGGCUUGACCUUGACUUCGCUUGUUAUAUACUGUCCCAGAGAAACAUUGGGCCAUGUUAUUGGCCUACAAAAGUAUCCAUGGAACACUUCUGGCCUCUUCAGAAGGAGCCACCAGGAUACAUUGCCAUGAAUGGUCAUAGGGGUCCUCUGGUUAAGGCUUCUGGAAGAGCCGAGUAUGAGGUCUUGGUACCCAUCUUUGGUCUUAUGCCCCAAGACAAGGAUGUACUAAACCAGAAUGUGGAAGUUGUAUCUAGAGUUUACAAUUACAACUUAAUUGCAGUCUGGAUGUGGCCUGAAUUCACCGAAGACUUUGAAGAUGGCUCUUUCAGUCAGAUAUACACAGACGACCAUACCACUGCAUCUUUCCAGCAACAUUGCCAACACAAUGUAUAUGGCUUUGUUCCUAGCUCCAGCAACUUAGGGUCAGCACUGGUGCCAGCAGUGCUACCUAUAUCACCGCUCGCACUGGUGCCAUCACAGGCUCCAACAUCUGAUGAUUUUGUCGCCGUAGAUGAAUUGAUGUUACCUCAGAUAAUCAAGCUAUCCGAGGACCUGCGCUGGACAACACGCAGUGCACCAGAUGGUAAUUCACAUUGUCAAUCCAUCUUAGCGGAGCUAUCAGUCGAUUACCCCUGGUCAUUGAUUGUAAGAUCAUUGAAGACGACCCUGUUUGGAAGUCUCAUCACAGGGCGCUAUGGCAACACUAUGAGGGUGGUCAAGUUGUGGCCAUUUCGACAUCAAUUCAUCACUCAGUGCUUUCUGGAGGGCCUGUCACGUGUUGGCUGGUCCUACCAGGACUUGGACCUUACGAACGGAGUGAAAUUCCAUUGGCACCAUCUGCGUGCCACGUUCGACCACAGACCAAAUUCAAGUCUUUCCGACCUUCAGAAAGUGAUAGGACACUGUCUGCAGCCAUGUCGAGAUCUGGGCUUCUGUCUUGAUGCCACUGAAUGGCGAGCAAGGAUCACAAGGAUGACGGCUGUGCUUGAUGAAGCAGCAGUUCAACUUGAUCAAGGAUAA